AUGGCGAUGCGCUCGGCCUCGGCGAGCUCACUGCUGUUGCCGCUGCUGCUGUCCGCCUCCGUGUCCAUCUCGAUUCUCGUGGCCGCACAAGCCGCCGGCGACGAGACCGCACUGCUGGAGUUCAAGGCCGCCGCCGUGAUCAGCGGCGGUCAUGGUGAUGACCCGCAUGCUUCGUGGAACAGUAGCAGCGUUGGCGGCUUCUGCAGCUGGGAGGGGAUCAGGUGCGGGGCUAGGCGUCGGCGAGUGGUGGCGCUGAGCCUACCCGUCUAUGGGCUCGCUGGCACCCUGUCGCCGGCCAUUGGGAACCUCACUUUCCUGCGAGUGCUGAACCUGACCUUCAACUGGUUCCAGGGGAACAUCCCUGCAAGCAUCGACCGCCUAGUACGCCUCAAGACCCUCGACCUGAGCUACAACAAGCUCAACGGAGAACUGCCUGCCAACCUCAGCUCCUGCGUCAGCUUACUGUUCUUGACACUCAGCAACAACCACCUCCAUGGCCGUAUUCCUGUCGAGCUCGGCCACAGGCUCACAGACCUUCAGAAGCUCUGGCUGGGAAACAACAGCUUCUCCGGCAAUAUCCCGGCAUCACUAGCCAACAUGUCGGCUCUGUACUCUCUCGAUCUAACUACAAACCACUUCGAAGGCCCCGUACCACCUGAACUCGGCAGCAUUGGAGGCCUGCGCUUCCUCUAUCUCUACGAAAAUAAGCUCUCAGGUGUGCUUCCACACUCUCUGUACAACUUGUCUAGGCUACAAGUUUUCUCCAUUGAUUCAAACUCCCUGUCUGGAACUAUUCCCAGUAAUAUUGGCGAUAGGCUCCCCAGCAUCAGAACUCUGAACUUUGGUUACAACAAGUUCCAUGGAACUAUCCCACCCUCACUCUCCAACAUCUCUGCUCUCAUGUUUCUGCAACUCGCGCUAAACAGUUUUAGUGGGCGCGUUCCUCCUACUCUGGGGAGAUUGAAAGGUCUCGUUACCCUAAACUUGUUCGACAACAAGCUAGAAUCAAGUGACAGGGAGGGGUGGGAAUUCAUGAAGAUGCUAGCAAACUGUAGCCAGCUUCGGACCCUGUAUAUUGACAAUAACUCCUUCAGUGGACAACUUCCUAGUUCAGUUGCAAGCCUGUCGACAACUCUCCGGAAUCUUUUCUUAGGAAACAAUAGGAUUUCUGGGUUUAUUCCAUCUGACAUAGGUAAUUUGGUUGGUCUGCAAGUACUUGCGAUUAUGAAUAUUCCCAUAUCCGGAGGGAUUCCAGAGAGCAUUGGUAGGCUUCAAAACAUGGCCGCUUUAUACCUUUACAACACCAGCUUGUCAGGCUUUAUACCUUUACAAAACAUGGCCGCUUUUCUUACACAGUUGAAUACACUUGCUUUAUACAAUGACAACUUGGAGGGUCCAAUUCCAGCAAGCUUGGGGAACUUGAAGAACCUGUUUAUUCUUGAUCUCUCAGCGCAGAAACUGAAUGGUUCAGUCCCCAGAGAGGUUUUCAAACUUCCUGCACUUUCCUACAUCUUAAAUUUGUCACACAAUUCGUUGUCUAGGCCACUUCCUACUGGAGUUGGUAGCCUGGCAAACCUUAACGCACUGUUUCUGUCAGGAAACCAGUUGUCUGGCAACAUACCUGAUAGUAUUGGAAACUGCAAAUCGUUGGAAUUGUUGUUGCUGGAUCAGAACUCGUUUGAAGGCAGGGUGCCUCGAUCUUUGGAGAAUUUUUAA